UACACGACCAAAAUUGGGCGUAUCAAGUUUCUAAGCCCGCUCACCUUGCAUCAAGGGGUAAAAAUAAAAGUGUAUGCUGUAGUAUACGGAAAUCUCAAGUCAAGUGCUUAGAAACAAGAAACUUUAUACUCCCAUUGUGUUGCUGAGCUCAACGGCCUCUUGUUACCAGAUGAAUCCUGGAUUGUAAAAGUGACGAAAAAGUGACGUCCAUAGAAGUAUUUUGAUAACACACACACACACGUGUGACUAAGGUUCCAUUACGCUCUUCUCACUUGGGAUAUUUAUAAUCAAGACCUAAAGUGUUUCAUUUGUGGGUUUCAACUACAGCCUGGAUUAUCACAAUUUGGCCCGUACAUUUUCCGGGCUCCUCCUUCUAUUCAGCGGCCUGAUGAAUUCAUUUGCUCCAUACAUUUUGACGGAAAGUGUUUGACCUCAGUCAAUAAUGUAUGGUUCCUACGGAAAGAUUCCAUUCCCACAUUGCAUCUUGGCCUAAAUUUCAUUUCUAAGGAGGUUUUUGAUCCAUCUGCAAAUCAGAAUAUUUCAAACAACCAAAUGGAACAACAUGAAAAUGAACACGAUGUUUCUAAUUUAUUGUCAUCCUCAUCUGACUCGGAUGAAUAUCCUGCAAUGCCAAAGCUUUCCAUUGCUUCUGAGGAAUCUGUAUAUCCACAGAAUUUAAACAGUCGUAGGCGUACUUUGAAGUUCAACAAAGAUAAAUGGUCAUACAGAAACGAAAUUUCUAGUUCUUCUGGAAAUGAUUCACCUCCUCCUCUGAGCCCCCUCUUUAAUGAAAAAGCCACCAGCCUUUCACUUGAUCGAAAGGAGGAGAAAGAUGCAGUUACCCCAGGUCAUCAUAGACGUAUUCACCAAGUAUCUGCUCCUUCUGGUAUUCGUCGUUCCAGUAGAAUUAAAAGUCAGAUGCGUAAAUCCUUUCGACCAAAAAUUCGGCCUCAUCGGUACUGCACUUCAGCCGGAGAAUUCCCUUGUUCGGAUGUAAAGCGCACUAAGAAAGUGAAACCUAGCUUUGCCGAUUCCAAAAAGUCACAAAGCAAUGACCGAAACGUCGAAACUGAAAUCCCCCAAAGUUAUGAGGCAGAUGACAUCGACGGUUUCUGUUUUUUGUCAUUUGCCACCGCUACAGACCUUGACAAGUUUUGCACUGAACAGCCUUCAAGUAGCUCCUCUUCUACCGUUUUGCCGCAAACAGAGGAAACUGUCGAUUUUCCAUCUGGAUCGGUUGCUCCUGUCCCGGUCAACGUAAUUGAAUCCGAUAAACCCCAAAUAUCCGAAAAACUAUCCAGCAGUCAUGAGGGGACUGUUGGUUCAGUGGAUGAGACAUCCGUCAUCACAGGGAAAAAGUCAAAAAUGUUUCCAAAAAUUCCGGUUAAUUUUAUUCGAAUUAAAAUGGACACUUUUGAACGACUGAUGAGUGAGAACAGAAUAUUAAGAAGAAAACUGAACAAAGCCUUAAAAGAAUUAUCCGAAAGGAAACUUGAUGAAGUGAAGGAUCGAUUCAACAUUUGAGGUCUCCUGAUUCGGCAGAAAUGUGAAAAAAGAACACAUCCUAUCACUCCAAUUUCCCUUCAGUGUUAAGUCUUAAUGUCAAAUUCUUAUUAGGAUACCCAAAGGUACUUACUUUCGAUAAGUUACGGAACUAGUUUUUGUUGUUUUUAGCCGUCACAGGCUGUUUUAAUUUGGAACUACCUUGUCCUGGGUUAAUUGUUCUGCAUUAACGGGAAAAUUUGAAAUUUGUGCGUUACCUGAACGCGUCUCAUGGUUGUAAAAAUUAACAAUUAAUUUUGGACGCAGUCCGUCAUUAUUGCAUUGUAAUGAUUUUCUUCAUGUCGAUAAUCAAUGACUGGAUGAAUCAUGGAA